GGCAUAUCCAUUAUCUCUAGGGCACUGGGGUGGGGGGAGCUCUCACUGUGAGGGGGCUGCUCUGGCAGGGCAGCAGCAGGGGAGCAAAGGUCACAUCAGUGGUGCUCUCACUCCCGCCAGACGUGAUGCCCAUGCUGGACCCUAGCCAGCUCGUCAUCCGUGAGAUGCAGGAAGAUGAGGAGCAGAUGGUUCUGGAGCUGCUAAAGGUCUGGGGAGGGGCCAGUCAGUGCCUGUCUGUCCGGCCUUGGAGCUGUCUGUCUGUCCGUCCAAGCUCUAACCCUCUGCCUGCCUUUAGCACCUGCCCUGAUGGGUUCAAGGACACGGAGAACCGGCUGAUCCUGUAUGUCCUGACACGGCCCCUGGCACUGCUGCUCCUGGCCGUGGUGAGCAGCGGCCUCCGCUUCCUGCUCAACUCCUUUGUAGCGGCGCUGCUGGGGCCCGUGCUCCUCACCAUCCUGGCCCUCAAGCUGCUGCUGCGGCGCUCGCCGGACCUCGGCUGCCUGGGCGCGUACUACCGCUCGGGGCAGCGUGGGCUCUGGGUGGCGGUGUACGACGGCGACGACGUGUGCGGCUGCGUGGCGCUGCAGCCCUGCCCGCAGGGGGUGACCCGUACGGCUGAGCUGAGGCGCUUGGCUGUCAGCCGCUGGUACCGGCGCUCCGGCGUGGGGCGCCGCCUGCUGGCCUUCCUGGAGGCCCAGGCCCGGGCCCAGGGCUACGAGCGCGUGGUGCUCUACGCUGCUGUGGUCACCAAGGCUGCCAUCGGCCUGUUUGAGAGCAGCGGCUACCGCCCCACCGGCGGGCACAGCUGGCUGGGCUACACCAUCCUGCAGGAAUUCAGCAAGGAGCUCUAGCACCCCCUGCUCCCCUUCUGCGGGGUCGGGGCAGUGGCUUGUAGGGAGCAAAUCUGGCCAAGGGCUGGUGGGCCGCAUCCGGCCUCAUGCCCAGGAGUCCCUCUGCUCCAUGGACAUGGGAUUUGGGGUGCGGCAGCCCCGGCCUUCGCUCCCAGGAUGGCAGUGCCACCUCUUCCUUGACUGGAAACAGCCUGUUUUGGAUGAGUCCCUUGCCGGAGCUUCAGCUGGACAAGACUGGCCGGACCUGAUUGUGACUGUUGCGGGGGG